AUGUCAUACUUACAUCAGCACAAUCCAGAAAUCAACUGGCAAGCUGGAGAAUGGAAAUACUCACGAUGCCCGACAGAUUGUGGCUAUGCUGAACCAGAAGAAAAUCUGACAGAAGUGGCAUCCCAGUCAAACACUGGCAGCCCAGAAGAUCAGGUUAUUAAUGAAGUAGAAUCUUGGGAAAAACUAGUACCAGAUUAUCUACAUUCAUUCGGUGAUGUCUUCUCCAAGAAAGCGUCCGAAAGGAUGCCAACUCGAAAGCCUUAUGAUCAUGCAAUCGAGUUUGAAGAA